UACUCCAUCGCCUGCUGCUUCAGCUUCUGCAGCUCCCUAGUGGUCCCACAGCUACGGCCGCCGCUUUCUUCCCCCAUGAUGGAGAGUGUUGGCGUGUACGGAUUCUGUGGGUGUAAAGCAAAGAACAAACUGAAGUGUGAUUCAAAGUGGGAAAUAUCCGCUGCAGAAACAGCCCCCACGUCUGCAUAUUCAUCUCCAGCCCGGAGUCUUGGAGACACAGGAAUAACGCCUCUCUCUCCAUCCCAUAUUGUGAAUGAUGCCAACUCCAACGUCUCAGAACAGCAGACAUUUCUUGUGGUGGUGGCCGUCGACUUUGGGACCACAUCCAGCGGCUAUGCCUAUAGCUUCACCAAAGAGCCAGAAUGCAUCCAUGUGAUGAGGCGAUGGGAAGGAGGUGAUCCUGGUGUGUCCAACCAGAAGACCCCAACCACCAUCUUGUUGACACCCGAGAGGAAGUUCCACAGCUUUGGCUAUGCCGCCAGGGACUUCUACCAUGACCUGGAUCCCAAUGAGGCCAAGCAGUGGCUAUACCUGGAGAAGUUCAAGAUGAAGCUGCACACCACAGGGGACCUCACCAUGGAUACAGACCUGACGGCAGCAAAUGGGAAGAAAGUCAAAGCCCUUGAAAUCUUUGCUUACGCCUUGCAGUACUUUAAGGAGCAGGCGCUGAAGGAGCUGAGUGACCAGGCGGGGUCGGAGUUUGAGAACUCCGACGUCAGAUGGGUCAUCACGGUGCCUGCCAUCUGGAAGCAGCCGGCCAAGCAGUUCAUGAGACAAGCUGCCUACCAGGCGGGCCUGGCCUCCCCGGAGAACUCGGAGCAGCUCAUCAUCGCCUUGGAGCCCGAGGCGGCCUCCAUCUACUGCCGGAAGCUGAGGCUGCACCAGAUGAUCGAGCUGAGCAGCAAGGCGGUGGUCAAUGGGUACAGCGCCAGUGACACAGUAGGAGCGGGGUUUGCACAGGCUAAGGAACACGUACGGCGUAAUCGACAGAGUCGGACCUUUUUGGUGGAGAAUGUCAUAGGAGAAAUCUGGUCUGAGCUGGAGGAAGGUGACAAGUAUGUGGUUGUGGACAGUGGUGGAGGAACCGUGGACCUGACAGUCCAUCAGAUACGGUUACCGGAGGGACACCUGAAGGAACUGUAUAAAGCAACAGGUGGACCCUACGGAUCCUUGGGAGUAGACUAUGAAUUUGAAAAACUUCUGUGUAAAAUAUUUGGAGAGGAUUUUAUCGAGCAGUUCAAAAUCAAGCGGCCUGCGGCCUGGGUUGACUUAAUGAUCGCAUUUGAGUCUCGCAAAAGAGCGGCUGCCCCAGACAGAACCAACCCACUGAACAUUACCCUGCCGUUCUCCUUUAUCGAUUACUACAAGAAGUUCCGCGGGCACAGUGUGGAGCAUGCCUUGAGGAAGAGCAAUGUGGAUUUUGUGAAGUGGUCCUCCCAGGGGAUGCUGAGGAUGAGUCCCGACGCCAUGAAUGCUCUUUUUAAGCCAACCAUUGACAGCAUCAUUGAGCACCUUCGGGACCUGUUCCAGAAGCCUGAGGUAUCCACAGUCAAGUUCCUCUUCCUGGUGGGCGGCUUUGCCGAGGCACCCCUCCUGCAGCAGGCUGUGCAUACUGCCUUUGGUGACAAGUGCCGGAUCAUCAUUCCCCAAGACGUGGGCCUCACCAUCCUUAAGGGAGCUGUCCUCUUCGGCCUGGACCCCGCCGUGAUCAAGGUGCGUCGGUCCCCGCUCACCUACGGGGUGGGUGUGCUGAACCGGUACGUGGAGGGCAAGCACCCACCCGAGAAGCUGCUGGUCAAGGAUGGCACUCGUUGGUGCACUGAUGUCUUCGACAAGUUCAUCUCUGCCGACCAAUCUGUGGCCCUGGGUGAGCUAGUCAAGCGCAGCUACACCCCAGCUAAGCCGUCCCAGCUGGUCAUUGUCAUCAACAUCUACAGCUCUGAGCAUGACAAUGUCAGUUUCAUCACUGACCCGGGGGUGAAGAAGUGCGGCACACUUCGCCUGGAUCUCACGGGUACCAGUGGCACAGCGGUGCCCGCCCGGAGGGAAAUCCAGACCCUCAUGCAGUUUGGGGACACCGAGAUCAAGGCCACAGCUGUUGAUAUAGCCACCUCAAAGAGUGUCAAAGUGGGGAUCGACUUCUUAAAUUACUAGCCAUUUUCCCGUGCCCCCUGCCACCUUGGACUCACCUCAUCUGCAUCUGCUGACCUCAUCCCUGACUGUUCUCCCUGGACCUGACCCUUCCCAUUGCCCACCUGAAUUUCAGCAGGAAAGACAGAAAGAACCAGGGCAAGAAACAACUACAGAUUUGUUGAAGGCACACGGGAGUCAGAAAAACAGUCAAAAUUAAGAUUUAGGUGUGGGUAUAGGAAAUUCAAGGAUCCUAGAAGAUCAGCUAGUUUUCAUAAGUAGCAGGGUGGUGAACCAGCUACCUGACAAGGCAUUCAGUACUUUCCUGAAGCAGUGGUCAAGUUUUGCUUUGAGCCAUCUCAGUUAAGUAGAAUUUGGGGUGCCCCGUUGCUGUCUUUGUAGAUUUGAAAUGAGAGUUUUGAACCAGAAGGAACUCUGCAUCUGAGAUCCUUUUAAUUUUUUUUUGGAUAGUAGUGGGUAUAAAAUGCCAGCCAUCUGCAGUUAAUUUCUCCCCAUCAUCACAGGAUUAAAGAGGUGGUUCAGGGGGAGUGUGGAGUGUUUUUAGCUGGUGGGAGAAGACUGCCAACCAUGGGCACUAUUUUCGGUUCUCAUAUAAUUUAAAUUCCAAGGAGGUUUGGUGAAGAAGCUGUGGCUGACCCACUAGGAUUUUGGGGACUAGCGGUGGUAAUACCUUACCUUUUUAGCAGGUAAAAUUUUGCUGCAAUGGAAAUAGAUUUUAAAGAGCUGACUUAUCCCAAAUUACAGUAAACCCCUCUUAUCUGUGGGGACACAUGCCAAGAUCUCUAGACUGAAACCACAAAGAGUGUGGAACCCUAUGUCUUCUAUAUUUUGACCUAUGCUUAUGAGAAAGUACGAUUUAUAAAUUAGGCCCAGCAAGAGAUGAAUGACAGCGACUACUAAUAAAAAUAGGACAAUUAUAAAAGUAUACUGUAAUAAAAUUUAUAUGAAUGUAGUCUCUCUCUCUGUCUCAGAAUAUCCUAUUGUCCUGUCUUAUAUUUUUGAACCAUGGUUGACAGUGGGUAACUCAAACCACAGCAAGUGAAACCGUGGAAAAUAGGAAACUACUGCAUAUGUUAGGAUAUAUAAUGCCACGUCCUGGUUUUCAUAUGUAAUUCUAGUUAACCUGGCAGGAACUUCGCGUGUGAAAAUGAGCUUGUCGUUUGUCUUGUUCACAUCACCUAGCCGAAAAGUCUAGAGUAGCUCUUUGCCUUGAAAACAUACGAAUUUUAGAUGAACCCUCUUUCCCCUGCGCUUUCUCUUCCCCUAAGAGUUUUGGCCACUCAUUUCCACAUUGCGAAAGGAAUGCACUGGUGAAAUAGGAAAGAAGGAUCUGUUCCAUGAAAUGCAUCAUUAAACUUUGGUUUUCAGAUCUGCUCCAAAAUAAUGUGUAGCUCUGUACCCGAUGGAUUAAGCUGGGCAGUUUAGUUUUUUUUCCCAAAGCAGAUCUGUGGCUUGCUUGCAUCAGAAUUGCCUGGGUGCUUGUUAAGAGCAGGUUCCUGGAUCUGAUCUCUUUUUAACUGAAGCUAACUUGGAAGAGGAAGACCAGAACCUGCUUUUUUUUUUCUUUUUUUUUUUUUUGUCUAUUGGAAUAGCCGCAGGUGACUGUGUCCAUUGGAAUUUGAGAAUUACCAAGUUUAGGUUUUGUCCAAGCUGAAGCACAGACCACGGGCUGUGCUCUGCAGUCUUUCCAUAAGAGAUCCCUUAGGGAAGAGGUUCCCCCCACACCUUGUCCUCGUAGUGCGUGGAGCGGGGCCCACACCAGCCUGGGCAGGGCCCUUUCAGCCCUCACAGGAACGUUCUGAGGAGCAAAAAGAUGGUAAAGAAUCAGCCCCAGGAAGAGGGCUCACUGAAGUGUAACCACCGCCUCUCCUUUCCCACUGCACAAAACCAGUUUCCUCCAACAUUCAGGAGCCAACUGAGGAUAAAGAAUCAAGAAUCUGACUCAGUCCAUCUUACGUGUUCAAAGCUGUCUUUUCCACCUGCUGGAAUUCAUUCCGAUUCCCAAUCACUGGAGGCAUGCAUAAUGAAUGAGCGGAGAGUGAGAGAAGUAACUUCGAAUGCAAGUUGGAUUCACAAGCCCAUUAUCAUAGCCAAUAUGCAGAUUUUAAAUAGCAUCUCAAAUCUCAUUUCAGGGUGUCUUCUUUUUCACGUUGCCUGCUGCAGAAUUCUCUGCUAGAAUGUGAAACAGGAACAAAACACAGAACUAGGGAACGUGAGUCCCACAGCUGAGCUGUGGGCUUUUGCAUCCAGGCACCAAGGUGUGUUUGCCAGGGGUCUCCUGCUGCCCACUCUGCUUCAAAAGCUCAAUGUCAUGGGUCCCUGUUUGGUGUUACUAGCUGUAGUCUACAAAGAAGACUCUUCAAUUUAGUUAUGAGUAAUAUAAUUUUAUGUACAUACAAUAUUAGAAUCUUGUACAGAAUCUUUAUUUCUACAAUGUGCUUUUGUUUACAAAAACAAGGAAAAUGCUUUUUAAUUUUUGUUGCUGAGAUUGCUGCCCUUCAUCUGCCAGUUUCAUUUCUAAAUUGCUCUCACUAGUCAUUGAUGUGUGCCAAUACCAAGCGAUGAACUGUGCACACAAGACUGAGCGGUAGUCAGAGGAGCCUAGGAGCAGAAUACUCUGAACACCCGGAUCAACAGCUUCACAGGACCUCUCCACGUGUGCGUCCUUCCCAAAGACUCACAGAUUAUAGGUAAAGGAACAUAAUGUACCAAUUCUCCUGUCCAGACUUUGAGAGCUGAACAUCCCAGUUCUGUAAGCCAUGGGACUAUGCAGAAAAACCUAUGAAAACUCUGUGCAUCUGCUGGGGUUGUUGACCUCUCCUUGUGGGGCAAAGCAGUCACUCUGAACACAAAGCUUGGCCUGCUGUGUGUAUGCCACAGUCAAAGAGAGGAGCCAAGUGGUACAUAAACCAAGCUUUUCUAUUGGGUUAAGUGUAAGUGUGAGUAAUAGAGUGAACCCUCUUUCCCUGCUAGUAUAAACCGCUUCCUGCAUUGCAUUAAGGCUAUCUCUUUGUCUACUCUUUCUCUUAAAAGACCUUAUAGAAAUCUGCACUGUUGGCAAAUUGAUGAUGGACAAGGGGUGAUAAUUAUCUGGAUUUUCUUCUGGCCUCUAAGGUGCAGCCCCUGGAGUCAAACUCCUUACACAAAAUCCCCAAAUCCACCCCUUUGCUUCACUGAAAUACUCUAGAGUAAGAGCACUGGAUAAGUACACUUGGACAUAUGCCUAAUCUUAGACAGUUUCUAGAAGGUCUGUGGUCUUGACCAGUUACGCAGUUGGUCAAGAUAAUAUUACUCAUAUUAUCUGAUAGUUGCCUUUCUUGGAAGCAGGGUUGUUGGUUUCCUUUGUAACCGCCUUUUAUGUGUACAGCAAGUAUUACUACAUACCGAGUGACAGAUAGGUUACGGACAGCCAUGAUAGGAAAGAGGAGGAGCCAUAGGAGUGAUUUUGCAGAGUGAUAGCUAAGAUGAAUCUAGAAUACAGAGCGUGCCCCACCCUUAGAAUGUUAUUUAGACCAAGUUUAGCUUUUAGAGUCCAGGUCUGGUUGAUUGCCAGGAUAGCAAUGAAUCGCAUGCACCAAUAUAAACAGGAGUCAAAAUGCAUUAUUAGUUGAAGAUCGAAUUUCACACGUAGAGAUGUAACCGCUGUGAUUAAGCUGCAGAUGUAUGCUGGGGAAUGGCUUAUGUGGAUGACUAGUAUACAAGUUGUUGGCCAUAAUGUCACUAAGACCUCUCAUUUGCUUGAAAUAUGGAACUAUAUUCUAAAAUCUCUGCUACUGGGGGUCUUGUUCACUACAUGAUAAAUCCAAACUUCACAGAACUUUGCAGCAGUUCACAACUGGGCAGGAUUGUACCUGAAAACUCUCUUGUCUUCACAGAUGUCUAAUAAAGUAAAACUCUGGA